AUGUUCGAAGCCAUGAUAAAAGAGAUAUUGUACCUAACCCUGCUCCUCGCAGUGGUGAGCGCCCGACCCCAGGGUCCCUACGGCGGCGAGGGCUACGGAAACAACAACGACAACAACAACAACCCCUACAGCAGCUCCAAUAACCCCUACAACCCCAGCUCCAACAACGACAAUGGCAACUUCGCCACCAACGCCCCCUUCGACUAUGAGCGAGCGACCUACUACCGCACCUGCCACGGCAUCCUAGCCGCCCUCUCCUUCGCCCUCCUCUUCCCCAUCGGCUCCCUCAUCAUGCGCGUCUACCCCUCGCGCCACGCCUGGCUCCUGCACGCCGGCACGCAACUCAUAGCCUACAUGUUCUACAUCCCGGCCGCGGGCCUGGGUCUCUAUCUCGUGUCUACGAUCCGGAUCCCCUCUUCCCGCUCAUCCUCCACCUCCAACACAUCAUACACAUCCAUCCUCUCCCAAGGCGGCAUCGCCGCCGCCCACCCCAUCAUGGGCAUCCUCCUCCUAGCCGCUCUCUUCCUCCAGCCCUUCCUGGGGUGGCUGCACCACCGGCGCUACAAGACCCUCCGCCGCCGGACGGCGUACUCGCACGCGCACCUGUGGCUCGGCCGCGGUGCCGUGACGCUGGGGAUCGUUAACGGCGGGCUCGGGCUCCGCCUCGCGCGCGCGAAUCGGAGGACCGUGGUUGCGUAUUCGGUUAUUGCGGGCGUUAUGUGGACGCUGUGGAUCACGUUCGCCGUGCUGGGGGAGGUGCGGCGGGCAAGAGCCGCGCGGGAGGCGAAGCAGAAUGCCGAACCGGAUUCCGAACUCGGGCUCGGCGAGGGGUCGAUGCGGGCGACUGCUGGAUCGAGCGGGAAUGAAAGUGUCCCCGAUGGCUAUGGCAAUAGUAACGGAAUUGGUACUGGUAAUGGCAGAGCGAGGGACGAAGAGCAGGGCCCAAGUCCGCCGUACGAGCUGGAGCCAGGGCCGCUAUACAGGAACCCGCCGCCGGCGCCGAUGGUGCAGCACCACCAGCAUCCGUACGUACUACAGCAGCAUGGGGACCGCGGGGAUCCAGGAGAUGGGUGGUCCCCACCAGCAGCAGCCUGUGAAUAA